CCAGAGGGGGAUCAGUGUGUUGGAAGAUGCCCCCUUGGGAUGAGCCGAGGUGAGCCACCAUCUGGAGCUUGGAGUUAGCCAGGACGGGCUGGAUGCAAAUGUCCCUCUCCCUUCCCUGCCAGUAUUGGGUCCUGGGUCAUCCUCUGGGUACCCUCAGUGGACAGAGAAGAAAAGCCAGGGACUCUCACAAGGCUCAGGCCACAUCAUGAGCUUCCUGAGCUCCAGCUCUAAACUGUGACCCCUGUGUGGGACUUUUGGGGAUGUGGACACAGAGCUGGGGUGUGGCAAUGUUGGGUGACACUCCCCCUGUUCCCCAGGAGCUCUUCCGGAAGGUGGUGCCCUCUCAGUGCCUGGGCUCCACCUGGGGCAAGAGGAACAAGCCCAGCAAUGAGCACCUGGCACACACCGUCCGGGCCACCAUCGACCACUUCAGAAGGGUGGCCAGCCUCGUCGUCACCACCUGCCUCGGGGACCCGAGCAUGAUGGCCCAGGACAGGGAGUGCAAGAUCCUGAAGAACUUCUCCUCGCCCUGCACUGUCAUCUCUGUUCUGCAGAAAACAUCCAUAUGCCACCUGAAGAACACAUGGGGGAAGUUUCCUGGAGGGGCCCUCCACGUUUGCUCCCCCAGAGAGCAACCCCCAGAGAGUGCAGGAGAAGCAGCAGCAGCGGCAGGAAUACCGAGUCAUGAGGGAGAUCCUGCUGCUCCAGGAGGCUGCAAAGAAUUACAAGCUAGAGCCCGAGGGAGCGAUUUGGGGCCUCGUUCCAGGACAUGGAGUUGCUCAAUGAGAAUGAGAGCUACACCUUGUCCUGCCAGCCAGAGCGCUAGACCUAGUUGGCCUGCAGAGUACGCAAGGCCAAGAAGAACCGGCCAUCAUCAAGGUCAGGGGGAGACUGAGAUCUCAAAAUUAUCAAGAAGCUGAAGCUCCCCAACUCCCGCUUCCUGGCGCCGAAUCCACCAUUCAUCACAGGGACAGACAAACAGAGGACACCUGCAGCUCCCCUAACUCAGCUAAACGCAGGCUGAUGGGAGGACGCCGAACUGCAAAGCCGCAGCUCCCCUCCCCCACCUAAAACCUUGUAAACUGUAAUCGUUAAUUGGCAGCAGUUGCCGUCCACACCCCAAGGCCAAAUUUCUGGUGAUGAGAGAAGAUUGGUUGAUGGAGCCCUAGAUCUCCCGCUGUAGAUAGAGAUGACAGCCGGCUUGGCGCCAGAAGACUGGGAUCACUCCUCCAACAAAUAAUCAGUCACCAAGGAUAUAUUAUUUCCCACAGACUUUCCUUUAAAAGCCUCAACUCCUAAUGCCUCAGGAGGACUGUGGAUUUUGGGGCAUGUGCCCACUACAGCCUCAUUUUGCUGGCAAAAUUAAACCACUUUUCUUUUCCUCGG